CUUGAUGAGGAAAAACAGCAGAGUGCAAAAGCUUUAUUGUUGCUCAGUUGCAGUAGAUUCCUUCCCACCUGUAGGAGGAUAAGAGGACACUGAUGAGCAGUGACAGACGAUCGUUAUCCAUAUUCUAGGUUGGAAGGGAGAUCAGGUUCACCACUCCCACAACACAGACUGAGGGAUGCCACCAACAUCCGGAUGAUCAAGUUGAGCAUGCGCUGAUCAAGGUUUGAACAGAUGCUUAAUUAAAACAUUUGCAUGCGUAAAAAAAGUUUUCCAAACUAGAAGGGGCGGGGUCAUGUCGCCCUCUGUUGCGGAUCCCAGCGCGCGUGUUCGUCCCUCUGUUAUAAAGCAGACGAGGACAAGCCCGAAAUGGCUGGACGGGACAAACCUUGACGAGGUUGACGGCACUGAGCAGAAGCAGCCAGCGGACAGGUGGCUGUCAUCAUCGACGCACACGGCUGCGACAGGAAACGCGCAAAGGACACGCUCGAGAUGUUUGAUAUAAAACACAGCUGACCACAGGGAGAGGGGAGGAGAGCGGAAUCCAAAGUGACUUUUGAGGUGACACACAAGGAGACAGACAUCGGGUGUCUGGGGGGAGAGAGAGAGAGAGAGAGAGAGAGAGAGAGAGAGAGAGAGAGAGAGAGAGAGAGAGAGAGAAACAAAUCCAGAUGAAAGUGGGUAAAAUCUGUAGCUCAUUUUUUUCACAAUUGGUUCUUUUAUGAUUCUCAACGUGGAACGAGAGAGCGCACCAGCAGUCUGACAAAGCUGCACUCCCUCGAAGUUUGACAUCCCCAGCGGGCUGCAGAGGGAGUUCCGCUCCAUCGCUGCUAUGGAGCCUCGGAAGUGUACUGGAUCUGUAUUGAUUGGAGUUUACCUGUUGGCGACAUUCUGCUGUAAAGGUUGCGAUGGUGGUGUGUACCAAAGGAAGCUGUACCACGACCUGAUGGUGAACUACAGUCGUCUGGAAAGACCCGUCCACAAUGACUCUGCACCCAUCGUUGUGGAACUCGGCCUCACGCUGCUACAGAUCAUUGACGUGGAUGAAAAGAACCAGGUGAUGAUCACGAACGCCUGGCUGCAGCUGUAUUGGACGGACGUUUACCUUUCAUGGAAUCAAGAGAGCUACCCUGGGGUUCAGAACCUGCGCUUCCCUUCUAAUCUGGUAUGGGUCCCAGAUAUCCUGCUCUACAACAGUGCUGAUGAGAGGUUUGAUGCUACGUUCCAUACAAACGUGCUCGUAAAUGCUUCAGGAUCCUGCCAGUACAUCCCACCAGGCAUCCUGAAGAGCACCUGCUACAUCGAUGUACGCUGGUUCCCAUUCGAUGUGCAGAAGUGUGACCUGAAGUUCGGCUCCUGGACACACAACGGCUGGCUGCUGGACCUCCAGAUGAUGGACGUGGACAUCUCCACCUACAUACCCAACGGGGAGUGGGAUCUUGUUGGUGUGCCGGCUAAACGUAAUGAGCUGUACUACGACUGCUGUAAGGAGCCGUAUCCUGAUGUGACGUUCACGGUCACUAUGCGCCGCAGGACACUUUACUACGGCCUCAACCUGCUCAUCCCCUGUGUGCUCAUCUCUGGUCUGGCCCUGCUGGUCUUCCUGCUCCCUGCUGACUCUGGAGAGAAGAUAUCACUCGGCAUCACAGUGCUGCUGUCUCUCACGGUGUUCAUGUUGCUGGUAGCAGAGAUCAUGCCGGCCACUUCAGACUCCGUUCCUCUGAUCGCUCAGUACUUUGCUAGCACCAUGAUGAUCGUGGGCUUGUCUGUGGUGGUAACAGUCCUGGUGCUGCAGUUCCACCACCAUGACCCCCAUGGAGGGAAAAUGCCAAAAUGGGUCCGAGUCAUCCUCCUUAACUGGUGCGCUUGGUUUCUCCGCAUGAAGAAACCUGGAGAGGAAAAUAAGACCGCUGUGAGUUCCAGCUGCACCGCAGACUACAAGUACGCCCACCAUCCUCCGCACCAUACCAGCUCCAGCAGCAUUGCGAUGAGCACCAUACCAGGGCAGGCGCCCACCCAGUCAACCACGACCAACGGGAACAUGAGCCUGUACUUUGGCUUACACUCGAUGGGCACAGAGAACCAUGCAUUCCCACCAAGCACUGAUUCAGGGGUGGUGAUGUGCGGCGGUGGCGGUGAUCAUCUGAACGUCUCCUCCCCGCAUGACGUCCACUCAGAACACACGCGGGCAUUGCUGCUGGAGCAGGUUCCGGAGAUUUCGAGGAUCCUGGAGGAAGUGCAGUACAUUGCCAGGCGCUUUCGAGAUCAUGACGCGGGAGAGGCGAUCUGCAGUGAGUGGAAGUUUGCAGCGGCAGUGGUGGAUCGGUUAUGCCUCGUGGCUUUCUCGCUCUUCUCCAUCAUCUGCACCUUCACCAUCCUCAUGUCAGCUCCCAACUUCAUUGAGGCUGUGUCCAAAGACUUCACAUAAGGCUGAUCUCUUCCCUCUCUGAGUGGGAACAGAAAGGUUAACAUGAAACAUGACAAACUGUUGUUUGCCUCUCUGCUGGCCCUGUUGUACCUCAUCGUGUACCGGACCAUGUCUCAUCACAAUAUGUUGUCAACACUCCUUCCCUUCAGGCUUUCCUUUCUGCUCAUUAUCUUUCACUUACUUUCCCAACAGCAGCUCUUCACAUCUGCAACUGUCUGAAUGUCUUCAACAGUUACACAUAGUACAGCUGCUAGAGUUCUGUAGACAGUUUUAGGUAAAGCUUGUUCAGGCCUGUAUUCUAUAAUACUAUUUAUUUUGUAUUUGUAAAUACAUCUACAUCAGAUCAAAUCUUUUUUUAUUCGUGUUGGUGAACUUAUUGAGAGCUACUAACUUGUUAACUCACAGCACUGCACACCUCACAUCUCUUUAAACUAAGGCUGCAAAUAAUAGAGCAUUCAUCGUAGAUGUAUCUGCCAACAAUUCUCUUGAUUAUUUAAUUACUUGUUUUGUUUGUAAAAUGUCAGAAAAUAGUCAGAGUCCAGGUUGACGUCUUCAGAUUGGGUUUUGAACUGCUGGUUGAAUAAAACAAGCAAAGAUAUUCAAUUCACUAUUAUAUGUAUAACAAAGAAAAACAUCAAUAAAACACUGACAAAAACGGCAAAGCAUUUAAAUAUCCUAUCCACUUAUAAUGGACGGACAGGAAGAGGGGGAGACAGUUCUGCCUGACAUGUACAAGCCAUGUUUAGUACUCUAAACAUGAAUCAGGAUUCAAUAAUCUUUACAAAUCUUUAUGUGUUGAUAUUUAUUUGAUUUAAACAUUUUAAAUAUGGUCAGUUUUAGUUUGAGGUACUUGUUGUAAUGAUAAAGGUGUAGCUCAACAUUUUGGGUUCUUGUAGUGAGUCAGAUGAGGAGAUUGAUGCCACACACACUGUUCUGGUCCAUUUGUCAUCGUACAUCGUGAUGAUUAUUAUAAGCUGCAGGUGAAGACUGGAAGAUGAGCUCUGAUGAACCGAGAGAACAAAGCUGGUUUUAAAGGAAACCCAUGCUGGGUGUCAAAGGUCAUGUAACACAUGUGGUCAGAGGGGUCUUGGUUGCUUUAAGAAUGUUAUGUAAUAGAUUGACGAAUAAUGCAAAACCUUGAUCACGGUUUCAUCUUGGAGAAGAUAUGAACAGAGGAGACGUAAUGACUCGUAUGAGACGUGUCUUCUCUGUGACUUGGACUAACGUCUGUAGAGACUUUGCGAGAUAACCUGACACAUUUCUAUUGUUACUCAUGUCGAAGUCUACUUAGCACAUGUUGUCUGAUCCUGUUCAGAAGAGGAUAUUGUGUUCUGGGUAAAAGACAUUCUGCAUUGACAAAUCAAAGCUGUGUUGAAGUGGCUCAAAUAGCUGUGCUGCAAAUGUGAAACUCUAAAUGAGAAUAUGUCCGUUUACUUUAAUGCUAUUGCUGUUUUUAUCACUAGUGUUGUAUUUUGGUCACCUUGAGCGUCUCUUUCUUUGUGGUCUGUGCGUCUCUGCUCCGUAUAUUUCAUUAGUAUGUAAUGCCCACUGUACAUGACUAUUUGGAGAAAAAUAAAGGAGACGUGAUCAUU